AUGUUUGCCGGAUGGACAGUUACGUGGAUUAUUACCAUUGGUGUGGCCAAAGCAUAUCAAUUUCCUAUACCGGACUUUGAAAGUCCAUGGCUGUACCUUCAAGCUCAAGCUGGGACAAGUAAAGCAAUGGAGACGGUGAUGCAUGGUCUAAACGAAGUCCCUAUAUUUGUGGAUGUUCAAGUGAAAUCAUUAGAUUCCCCCAACAAGGGCUAUAUAUUUCAGGCAAUAGGGGCUUUACCUCGUGACGAUGAUGCUGCUGAACCUUUUGGCGGGGUGACCUAUAUUUAUGACAGCACUCAAAUAAUAGUGUGCGCUCCUCAACAUGCCAAUGGUGGUAAUACAUCAUACGCUAUUUAUACAGAGAAUGGAGCUUUUUACGCCGGUGUGAACAACCAAAGUAGCUACAACGUAGAGGUACGAAUCAGAGCUUGGAAAAAAUCGUCACUACCACCGGCAGACUUUGAAAGGACGGGCAUUCAUAUGACAGCAGGGAAUACAUCUAAUGGUAAACUCCCUUUUUAUCCUGAAUGUCUAAGCUGA